AACGAGAAGCACCGCGCCUACCAGUCGGUCUAACCCGGCGUGUGCAACACUCGACUUCCCGCUCAGUCCGAGCUCGUCAGUGAAGGUGGCAAAGGUGCAAAGGUGGAGUCGUGGCCAAGUGUGGCGUCCGGAUGGAGUCGAGCUUGUGGCUCGGCAACAGCCGCUACCGAGGCGUGCUCACCGGCUGGACCUUCAAUUGGACCCGAAUAGGGAACAAGAACCGCCAUGACAAAACAAUUUCAGUGCCGGUGGCGGAUGUCGUCGGCGUGGAGGAGGGGCGAGUGAGCGUCCUGCCCCACAAGUCUGCAGAGGACUCAGACAAAGAUUUCACUGUGUUCUACGUGAAACGCGUGAGCAGCGGGAGCUCCCGUGGGUUGCUGUGGCGACUGGGUCAAACCCAGUUCAGCUGUCCUAGUCGGGUCCUGAGGGAUCAGUGGACCAAACAUUUGAGAGCAGCUUUCAAAACUCAUUGUCCUUUGCGUCCAAGCAGGUUACUGGUCUUUAUCAAUCCACUUGGAGGGAAGAAGAAAGGAAGGCACAUCUACGACUCUCUGGCUGCUCCUCUCUUUGAGCUGGCUGGAAUCAGCUGUCAUGUUAUCGUAACAGAGCGAGCCAAUCAGGCCCGAGACCACCUCCUCAAGAAAGACCUCACAGGCUUUAACGGUGUGGUGUGUGUUGGUGGUGACGGCAUGUUCAGUGAGGUGCUCCACGGCGUGAUUGGCCGCACGCAACAAGAGGCGGGCUUAUGUGAGAACGAGCCGUCAGCCGUGUUACAAGCGUGUCCGCUCCAUAUCGGCAUCAUCCCGGCAGGCUCCACAGACUGCGUGUGCUUCGCCACCAUUGGGGUGAUCGAUCCCGUCACUUCAGCUUUGCACAUCAUCAUUGGCGACUCUCAGCCUUUGGACGUGUGCUCGGUGCAUCACUCUAGCACUCUGGUGCGCUACUCAGUAUCCCUGCUGGGUUACGGCUUUUUCGGGGACGUGCUUGCCCAGAGCGAAAGAAAGCGCUGGAUGGGACCGCUCAGAUACGACUAUGCUGGCAUGGUGGUGUAUCUGAGUAAUAGAAGCUACCCGGGUGUCGUUCACUUCCUGCCGGCAGACCCGAUGCUUUCCAGCCCGAGGGACAAGACGCGCUGCCUCUCAGGUUGCGAUGUGUGUUCCAGGAGCACAGAGAGGCUUUUCCCCCAGUCUUCAGAUUCAAGCUCACUAUGCAGCUCGUAUCUCAGCCAGAACAGCGGUGACUCAGAGGGUGACUGGGUGAGGGUGGAGGGCAGGUUCCGGUGCGUCUCUCUGACUUGUAUGUCGUGCUCGUGUCCUAAAAGUCCUCUGGGCCUCUCGCCCUCGGCUCACCUGGCCGACGGAACGGGCGACCUCAUCCUAGUUUGGGACUCUCACCCGCUGGGCUUCCUCAAGUACCUCUACAGGCACACCAGCUCACAGGAUCAGGUGCCAAAAUUUGAUCUCCCGUUUGUGGAGGUCCAUCGUGUCAAGGCCAUUCGCUUCUCGGCAUCCUCUGGUGAAGAAGAGGAUGUGUAUAAGGAGGUGAGAGAACCCAGUCCAGCAGCAGCAGCAGCAGAAGAAGAAGAGGAGGAGGAGAAGAGAGGCUACGAGGAGGACAUAAGCAGGAAUGGCUCUCAGCAGCACCUGACCAGAAAACGCCCACAACCUCCAAAAGCAACGUGUGGGGUCCUGUGCGGCGUGUGCUGCAGCAAAGCUCCGACGACGUCCGUGUGGAACUGUGACGGGGAGAUUCUGCCCUUCACCGACAUCCUCUGCAGAAUUCACGGGCAGCUGGUGCGACUUUACGCCAGGGGCAUUGAAGCCGGGACGGCCGUGCAGCCAGGAAAUGACCAAAUGUGAAGGCCAUAACUUAGGACAAAGAAGGCAGGCAGCCUUUCAUUGGGGGCUCACCAAAUUCCAUUUUUAACCACUGUUGUGAAUUCAAUAAACUAUUUAUUUUUCUAUCCAUC